UACAGUGUCUUCUCAUUUUCCAAGAUCAAAUUUAAUCAUCACUAAUUACCGGCAGGCACACAUAUACAUACAGAGUAGAGGCCGCCUGCCUUUUCAUUCAUUCAUUCGAUCAGAGUGUCAAUUCAAAUUAAAAAAGAUCUAUCAAGAGAAAUUAUUCAGAAAGAAAUGGGAGUUCCGUCGUUUUACAGAUGGUUAGUGGGUAAAUACCCCAAAAUAGUUGUGAACGCAGUUGAAGAAGAAACGGAUUCCAGCUUGCCCAACCCAAAUGCAGGAUUUCUUCACGAGUUCCAUAACUUUUACGUGGACAUGAAUGGGGUCAUUCACCACUGUUUUCACCCGGAGGAUGCGCUCUCUCCUCCUACAACGAAUGAGGAAGUGUUUGAGGCCAUAUUUGAUUACCUUGACCGGCUGUUUAACAUUGUACGACCUCGGAAGCUGCUUUACCUUGCAAUAGAUGGAGUCGCCCCGAGGGCGAAGAUGAACCAACAGAGGUCUCGGCGUUUUAGGACCGCUAAGGAUAAGCAGAUAAUGGAAGAGGAGGAGAUGAAGCUAAGGAAAAGGUUUGCUAGUGAGGGUAAAGAGGUGCUGGAGAAAGAGGAGUCUCAAGUGUCAGACUCGAAUGUAAUCACUCCUGGCACUGCAUUUAUGUAUACCCUCUCUCUCAAGCUACAAACUUACAUUCAAAAUCGGAUCAAAUCUAAUAAGGGAUGGAAGGAUAUCAAGGUUAUUCUGUCAGACUCUAAUACACCCGGGGAAGGAGAACACAAGAUAAACUCUUUUAUUCGUGCCCAACGAACAUUCCCAGAUUAUGAUCCCAACACUCGCCAUUGUCUAUAUGGUUUGGAUGCUGACCUGAUAAUGUUGGCAUUAGCUUCCCACGAGCUUCACUUCUCUGUUUUGAGGGAGAAUGUUUUGAUUCAGGAUGACAUUUCAAGCAGUUUAUCAUCUCUUCAGCUUAGCCUCCACAAAGCUGAAAGUCAUACUGUGAGUAGUAGAGGGUGGUUUAGAAAGCAUGAUGAUGGUGUUGUUACAUGUGAUAAGGUGAAGCACUUCCGUGAAGCCAAGAAUAAAUUUCAGUUCCUUAAUGUUUGGGUGCUUAGGGAGUAUUUGGACCUUGAAAUCUGCACGGAUCUUAUAGAGGAUGCUAAAUUUCAUUCAAACAAUAAUAAUAAUGCUGGUGCUUCCUUUCCAGAAGCAUCUGAAUCCCAACUGCACAAUGAGAAAAGAGUGGAACGUCCAAAUGGUUCCAAAGCUGAUUUGGAGAGAGUUAUUGAUGAUUUUGUUUUCAUGUGUUUCUUUGCUGGGAAUGAUUUUCUUCCUCAUAUGCCAACCCUUGAUAUUCACGAGGGGGCUAUUGAUCUUCUUAUAUAUGUAUACAAGAAAGAGUUCAAGAAUCUUGGUGGGUACUUGGUUGAUAUUGAAAGGGUUGAUGCACCGAAAGGUGGCUGCAUUAAGUUGUCCAGAGUUGAAAAGUUUAUCCUCUCUGUUUCUGCAUUUGAAGAGAAGAUAUUUAUGAAAAGAAUGAAAAUCAGAGAAAAGAGAAAUAGGCGGAUUGUGUUUGCAAGCGAGGAUGACGAUCUGCAGGACGAGGAGGGAAACAAUGAUCUAGUUCUUGAUUCAAAAAAGGACGUUGACAUCUCCGCCCUAGAUAUUCUGGAAAAUACUAAGGAAUUGAAGCAGAAGUUGAAGGACAGCCUCCGUCAUAAUGCCGAUACCUUCAAACAUGGUGUAGUUGCCGAUAAGGUAAAGCUUGGUUUGCCUGGUUGGAGGGAGCGCUAUUACAUGCAAAAAUUCAAACUGCAAAGCCAAGCAGAUGUGGAAAGAACUCGAAGGGAUGUUGUUACACACUACACCAAGGGCCUUCUUUGGGUCCUAUUAUACUACUUUAAAGGGGUACCAUCUUGGGGCUGGUACUAUCCAUAUCAUUAUGGUCCCUUCGCUUCAGACAUGAAAGGGAUGGCGCAGACUAGUGUGAAAUUUAAGAUGGAAGAACCUUUUAAGCCCUUUGAUCAGCUAAUGUCUGUCCUUCCUCCUGGGAGUGCUCAUGCCCUCCCAAAUGCAUACCAAAGGCUUAUGCAGGAUGACAAGUCAAGGAUAAUUGAUUUUUAUCCUACAAACUUCGAGACAGAUAUGGAUGGGAAAAGAUUUUUGUGGCAGGGUAUAACAAAAUUGCCAUUCAUAGAGGAAGGACGUCUUAUGGUGGAGACAAAGAUAAUCAAUCAUAGCCUUACAGAAGAUGAGCGGAAGAGAAAUGCAGAGACGAAGGAGCAGUUGUUCAUGGAUAGAUCUUGUGAACUGGCAGUGUAUAUUUUGUCUUGCUUCAAAGAAGGUAGCGGCAGUGGUCUACACGAGUGUAAUCCCAUAAAAGUUGAUGGUGCGGCCUUGAGUGGUGGUGGAGUUUGCGGUAUGGUGUGGCAAAAUAAAGACCAUAUCAAUGAUGCAUCAGGAAACACUUUGUGCGUGUUUUUUCAUACAUCUCCAAUCUCUCCUUUUAUUCCCAGAGUAUUAGCUGGUACGGACUACCCCAAAAAGAUAGUUAGUGAAGUUGAUUUUGAUAAAACAGUAGUCCUCUGGCAUGAAGAAUUCCAUGGCAGAACUACAGCCAGUUGUUACAGCAGCAACAGCAGGCCUCUUCCUCCUGCUAACUAUCAAAGCUCCAAGGAUAUGCCAAAUGUAGAACCGAGAGAUCAUCACUGGAAUAGUAAUAAUAAUAAUGAUGGUGCCAGAAAAGGUGCGGGGGGCUCUGGAUGGAAUAGCAGCAGGAAGACGUGGUGUCGACCCGAAUUGCAGAAGCAUAACAGAUACACGCCGCUGCCACAACCCCGAUGUGCACAACCCCCAACACCCAUGCCAGUUUCUUCUCCACGAAUUCAAUGGCAGCGGCAUCAACCCCCUACUGUUGCAGAGUCAUCCUAUCAGGGCGGGCCACGAUACAACAAUAAUGUCAUCAGCUCUCCAUGGCAGGGCUGCGGGGUGAAUGGGUCUAGUCCACCAAUGUCAGUUCCAGCUCCAGCAAAUCCAUGGCAGCGGCAUCAACCCCCUACUGUCCCAACAUCAUAUCAGGGCGGGGCACGAUACAACAGUAAUGUCAUCAAUUCUCAGUGGCAGGGUUGCAGGGUGAAUGAUUCUAGUCCAAACACAAUGUCAGCUUCUGCUCCGAGAAAUCAAUGGCAGCAGCAUCGCCCCCCUACGGAUGCACUGCCAUCAUAUCAGGGCAGGGCACGAUACAACAAUAAUGUCAGCAGUUCUCAGUGGCGGGGUUGCGGGGUGAAUGAUUCUAGUCCCGCUGAUUCGGGUAGGUGGAGGGGGAAAUGAUCUAAUAGUCGGCGGGCAACACAAUAGAUAAUAAGUAAGGUCCAGGGCAGACUGGCCGACUGCUCAAUGUUUUGCUUUAGCCCUCCUUUUGACCGAUCUGCCAACGAGCCAGAUGCAUGUGAUCUGGCGUUUUUCUCUUUUUUGAGUGCCAAGGAUGAAGAUGAAGAUUCUCUUGGGGCUUUACUUUAUAGUAAUAACUUUAAAUAUAAGAUGUCCAUUUUGUGACGACAUCUACUUUUGAAUGCUAAUCUAAUGUAGUCUAGUAAUAUGCAUGGUCCUUUUGUGAAGCCUAAUGAGAGUUGUAUAGUAUAUUUACCAUAAGCAUUUGUGAGUACAACCGAACUAAUGUAUCUUUUAUCAUUAUCCAUACAUUUGGAUAAUCACAACAUUAUUCAAUAUAAUAUUACAUGAUACAUGCGCGUAUAGGGUGGCGUAUAGUGUGGACUCCGUGAAAUGAGACACUAUUUAGAGACAUUCAUAAAAGAAAAGUGAGAAGUUUUUAUGGAACAGAUGGAGUAUAAUAACAAUAUCAAUAUUUGUAUGAAUGCUCUUAUUUCAAUGUCAAGAGGAAAUCUAAGAGGGUUAAACUAUAUUGAAUAUGAUGAUGAACUGGAAAAUGAUAGAGGUAGCUCCUUGAAUAUAAUCAACCUGCCAUAUGGAGAGGCAAUUAAGUUGGCGGUUCAUCUGAGCUGACCUCCGCUUGUACUGGCGUCUCCAACUUUGGCAGAAUGGUGAGUGUUUACUUUCUUUCCUAACUCCAAGUCCCUUGCUUGAUGAUGCUGAUCUGCAGGCGGCUUUGCGACUUUGCCAAGAGGAUGAUGAUGACCAUUAUUAAGACUGUCAUUAUGAUUGUGAUGAUUGCUUCUUUUGCUGCACAGCCUAUUGGCAAUGCAGGCCAACACGCCUAAAACCAAGAUCGCCCCGAGAACCAAAAAUGCCAUCCCAUACGAUCCGUUUGAGUGGGACGACGACGAUACUGAGGAUUGAGAUGGAUGAGUUGGGACAUUGCUGUACGGAUAAAUUUGGGGUUGGAAUUGUUGAGACAUUUAUUCUUCUUUUAUCUUUCUAAGUUGGUUGAGAAAUGUUGGUUUGGUCUUGUUCUCUUUAAAG